GCAUCCACAAACAUGUGAUGGGUCAUAUGUUUUAUAGCACACUUCAAGGGCAAGCGAGCCCUGACAAACAAUUUUAAAAAACAUGUAAAUCCAAAAUUGAAACAUGUAAGCUCAGGCGACAAAACCAGUUGAACAAGGCAAGUUUACCCAGGGCAAGAGAUGACAUCGACAAAGGUAAAGCUUCUUGAGAUCUCCAACAAGGAUGAGCUCCUCACCCUUUUGACACAGCCUGCUUCGAACAAGGAAAUGAUCAAAGAACUCACAGAUCGAGACAUCCCUUCAGCCUCUACUUACAUCUUUUUCACCGGGAAAAAAAAUAACGACUUGAUGACCAGAGCGGAAAAAAAAUUGAAUUUGUUUCUUUCGAAAGUUGCACUGAAAGAAGAAAUUAUUUUGAUUAAAGUUCGUCUAAACAAUGAUCAAUUCGGCCCAGGAAGACCUUUUGGCACUGACAAGCAUUUCAGAGUCUACAAUAUCCCAAAGUUGAUUAAGUGGAAACAAGCACCGAAGCUAUGCCUUGGCGAGAUAACGAACUGGGCCCUGCUUCGGCUGAUGUUCGAAUCGGAUAUCUUGCAGAACGACUUGAAGCAGGUCCCCUGCAGUCCUGAUACGCUAUGCCCUUGCACCAUAGACUCGGAUCCCGACUUGCACAUGAGUAUCGACACGACAGAUUCGCUCACGUUGCCCUGCGGCCCGCUUCCGAGAUCCGAACGCAAGAUCCCCCCGACUCCGAAACUCAGCUUGAAGAAGCAGAAAAAAUCCAAAAAAGGCAAACAGAGCAAAAAAGGCAAAAAGAAUAAAAAAGGUACAAAGGGCAAAAAGGGCAAAAAAGGCAAAGGGAAGUCGAAAGGUAAGGGAAGUAAGAAAGGGAAAAAAGGGAAAUCAAAUAAGAAAAAAUAGUUGAAGUGAGUGGCCGUAUAAAAUAAAGUUCGUCAACUGUGCGUCUUAUUACCAGAAA